GAGAAGGGGAAGGGACCUCUGCGGAGCCACAGCCGGCCCGCCGUGGGGUGCGAGGGGUGUCCCGCGGGGUCCUGCGGACAACUCGCCGGAGGGAGGAUGAGGAAACAAAUAACCCAAGCGCGUAGGGUUUGCAGUGGGGUUUGUCCUCCGUGAACGCUGAGUGAUUUCUGCGGGAUUUCCAAAAAUUAUGUCUUUAGAAUUUCCUUGAAUUUUUUUUUUCUUUAAGAGAGUUUUUAUGCGGCUCUCCGCGGUUUUAUUGCUUGCUCUCUCCUGCUCCUACCUGAGCAACACCGAAAAUAGGAGGGUUGCCCCUUCUCAAAUGAGUAAGUAGACCUCUCUGCAGCCCCAGAGGGCUGAUGGAAAUGCAGAUGAAUUUUCUUCUCUUACCCUUCAGUAUCAACAAAACCCUAAAAGGCAGCUGGCUAAACAGGUGGAACUGCUCUGUGUUGUCCUUCACUGUUUUACGACACCCUAACCUGUGUGUUUGUGGGGGAAAAAUCUUUUUUGUCUUUCAUAGGGCCCUGUCCCUCACAUGUAACAUCCAACGCCAUGUAAGAUAGCAGGAGCGUCAUAUGAAGAGUAACGUCCGUGAGGUGCAGCGCGGAGCCCCCAGUCCCACCUUGCAGCGUCUGACUGUAUACUCCUGCGCACAAGGUGAGCACUCCCAGACCUGCAGCUUGAAACUUUCAGGCCUGUAUUUCCCCACAGGCACAGGUGAACUGGCACCAGUACCUAGGGAAGAUAGAGUUUUCGGAAGGUGAGGAAUUAGCCUGACAGUCCUGGCUGCCUUUGUGUGGAAUUGCACCUGCUGGGAAUUAGGAGUCUCCAAACAUUAAGACAAACAAACAAAAAAAGGCUUCCUGACAUAAACUGUGGUAUGGCAACAUUACUGAGUACUGUUAGACUGCUGCUAUGUUCCAGUGACAGCUUUUCAGUAGAAACUGAAAUUAUGUCAUUAUAGAAAGUCAGUUAAGUGCUUUGGGAUUCUUCUUGGUUAAGAUUAUAGAAAGAACAUGAAGUCCUAUAAAUCAUGCUUUUUAGUUGACAACGCUAUAGCCUUACUUUUAACAUACAACAAAAGCAAAUAACAAACUUUUCCUUCUAAUCAGAAAAAAAAAGUAAGAAAAUGUAUACAAAAUAUAGACCAUUUCUUACAUUUCAACUUUCUAUAUAACUUUUUUCUAUAUGUGAUAUCAAUAGGUAUAAAUAUCAGAACUUAAUUACAGGUAUAAUAAUAAUUUGAGAGGAAUAUCCAGACACACUCUGUUAACAGUUUUUUGUUAGAAUGAUAACAAUGUUAAUGUUGAAGUGAAAACAAAGAACAGUUAAUCUCUUCUGAAUCUGAGCUAUAGGAAGAUUUUUUUUCCAGUUAACAGUUGCUGAUGGCCAACUAUUGCUAUGUAACAGGUCUAGCAAGCCUCAGUAUAGAGAGGCAAAGACCCUGUCCAUCAUGAUUUGUGUUUAUUACCUUAAAUUCAGACACAGGAACCUUCUGCAGCUUGGAAUGGAAUUGAGGUAUGGGUGGUACUUAGUCAAACUGAUUGACUUCAACAAGUUACUGUUCUGUUGGAUGUGUUAGCACACGGGGUGCUGUACUGAGACUGUUCGAAUGUCACAGACCAAACUGGAUUGAGCCUGGCCAGACUCAAUGGGCAGAGCCAUGAUAAAAUCCUACAAUGCCGUUUUGAGUGGGUAAAGCGAAGGGGGGAAAAGGGGGAUAAAAAAAAAAUGCCCAAGCAAACAGCAGUGACGAUUACGUUGGCGACCCUGCUGGGUGUUGCAGUGGGGGGCCUGGUUUUGUGGAAAGCAACCCAGCGUCGGAAAGGAAAAGCAUGCUGUAGUAGUCAGCAAGAGGAAGCAGUUACAAACUCGGGAGAUGAGAAACUGAUUAAGACAGAGGAUAAGGAGGUGCUUUCCUUCUUCAGAUCUCCCACCUUUUCCUGGGUAGAGAGGACCCUUGGUGCAGACAUAGUGAUAGUUUCAGAGCAGGAGGAGUGGGAUCGUGUUGAACCUUUGCUGAAGAAGGAGCUGGAGAAGUGGCCAGUGCUUGGAAUUGAUUGUGAGUGGGUAUCUGUGGAGGGAAAAGCAAAUCCUGUAUCCCUCCUACAGGUGGCUUCUUCCAGUGGCCUCUGCAUUCUUGUUCGGUUGCCCAGGCUAGCUUCCAGUGGACAGACUAUCCCAAAGACCCUGUUGGACAUCAUGGCAGAUAGUGCUGUGUUGAAAGUUGGGGUAGGAUGCUGGGAAGAUGCUUGCAAGUUACUUCAUGAUUAUGGUCUUCCAGUCAAAGGGAGCGUGGAUCUCCGGUAUUUAGCCAUGAGACAGCGGAAGGAUCUACUUCACAACUGCCUUAGCCUGAAAUCUUUAGCUGAAAACGUCCUGAACUGCCCACUUGACAAAUCUCCUCACGUGCGUUGCAGCAACUGGGAGGCAGAAGAACUGACACAAGAUCAGGUUCUAUAUGCUGCUAGGGAUGCCCAGGUCUCAGUGGCUCUGUUCUUCCAUUUGCUGGGAUUUACCAGCCUCCCUGCUACAUCUGAAGGUGAAAACUCUGUUGCUGCUUGGGAAAACGUGCUGGGUAAAUGCCGGGGCUUGGUGGAUAUCCCAUUUAGAGGAAGAAGGAGUGGCAGCACAGGAGAGGAGAAGAGUGGAGAGGGACGCUCCCCUCAGAAAACAAAGAAUCGGAAAUCUUCGGUGAAUGGCCAGUCCUCUGGCAGUCAGCAAGUGAGAGAUCCGCGGAGGCAGAAGCGAAAGCCUCUGGGUGUGGGAUAUUCUGCACGAAAAUCUCCACUGUAUGACAACUGCUUCCUGCAUGCUCCAGAUGGACAGCCCCUGUGCACUUGUGAUCGCAAGAAGGCUCAGUGGUAUCUGGACAAGGGGAUUGGAGAGCUAGUUAGCACAGACCCAUUUGUUGUGAAGCUGCGGUUUGAGCCUUCAGGACGUCCUGAGUCUCAAGUUGAUUAUUACCUGACAGUCAAAGAGAACCUGUGUGUUGUAUGUGGCAAGCGAGAGUCCUAUAUCCGGAAGAACAUUGUUCCUCACGAAUACCGAAGACACUUCCCUAUCCAGAUGAAGGACCACAACUCCCAUGAUGUGCUCCUACUCUGCACGUCCUGCCAUGCCAUCUCCAAUUACUAUGACAACCAUCUCAAGCAGCAGCUGGCUGAGGAGUUUGGUGCUCCCAUCGGCUCUGAGGAAGGCGUGCGUCUGCUGGAGGAUCCUCUACGCAGGCAAGUGCGCUCGGGGGCCCGAGCCCUGCUGAAUGCAGACAGCCUGCCUGACCCCCGAAGGGCAGAACUUAUGCAAAGCAUCAAGGACUUCUUUAACACAGAGGUAGUCACCCCAGAGAUGCUCCAGGAAGCAGCUGGUCUGGAAACCAGGAUCUGCAAUGAGAGCUACAUGCCACAUGGACUGAAGGUGGUGCAGUGUUUUGCUAAAGGUGGUCUGCGCUCCCUUAUGCAGUUGGAGAGACGCUGGCGGCAGCAUUUCUUGGACAGCAUGCAGCCCAGGCACCUCCCAGAGCAGUGGUCAGUGGACCAUAACCACAUGAAGCUGAUCCGAAAGUAUGGGGAAGAUCUUCAGAUCGAGCUGUCGUGAAACUAACUUCCUGGACUCUAGAUAGUGUCUAAUGGAUAUAUGUAACUGAAGGUGGAAGGACUGUUUUUAUUUCUAUGUCUCCACUAACACCUGGGCCUGGGUUUGCAAACAGGCAGCAGUAAAUCUGCCAGAUUUGGCGUUUUUAUAGAGUUAAAUCUGUUGACUUGAAUUUUCAGGGGGUUUGGAAUUUUUAAUCCUAGUAUUGUCACUGCCUAGUUCAGUGCAUGAGUGAUAUGCUAAGGGAACUUGUCUUCUCAAAGUGACUAUGGAGAGUUAUUUUCUAACCCCCAGGAUGUGACCAUCUCUCUUGACACAGAGCACAAUAUAGGAACAUUUCCAGAUUUUCUGACAAAUACAUCUGCGCCCUUGGCUGCACCUUGAGAGUCUCCUGAUAAAAGUCUCUCUUUGCUUUCAGUGCAGUUGUAUUCAUAUGAGUUCUUCUCAGAGAAGACUCCCUGCCAGACAGAGAUUCCUUGUUUGGAAGUGGCAAAGAAACCUUACCUUUCUUUUUUUGCAGAUUCUGAGCUGUAUCAGCAUUGCAGAUAGACCUCAGUGAGUUUCCUGGUGGCAGGUGCCUGAUGAGAAGCAACACUGACUCUGGCAGUGUGGAAGGACCCGUGUCAAGUCUUUUCUUAAACAGCUUGCAGCAAUGCACAGUCUAUAAAAAAACAUUCUUUCCUAAUGCCACUUGUUUAUCAUGAAUAGCUCUUGCGGGUACCUUUUCAUGUCAGACUGAAAGAAGGUCGGGUGUCUGAAAAGGGAUGAGAGGAAACAAAUGUCGUUUAAAGACCAGCAUCUUUUAAGAGGUCAGACCACAUAUGGCAGAAAACUGGAAAAUCUGGUGUUCUGUUCCUGGAUUUGACAUGUGUGGUGGUGAGCAGGUCAUACUCUCUCCAUGCCUGUUUCCCUGUCUCUAAAAUGGGACUAAUAAUACUUAACUAUCUCACAAGGGUGUUGUGAGGCUUAAUUAAUUCAUGUUUUUGUAAAAUGCUUUGAAAAUACAAGCUAGUGUGUGUUAAUUAUUACUGUUGUUUUUUUAAAAUGUGUUGCUGUCUUACUUUCUUAAAGAUUCAUGGUUUUUGCCUGUUGCUAGACCUUAGUGAAAUAUAACUUUUUAAAAAUACAUAGCCCUUUCUGUGAAAUCACUUUUGAUGAUUUUGAUUGCAUGAUAUGAGUGUGCUUCUCCUGAAUGAUGAAGCUGUGCUCAACUUUUAUAGGUCUCUGUAAAGAAGUUUCAGUAAAACCCUUACUAUACUUCACACUACUGCAUAUAGCUCAGUUGACCCAUAUUUUAUUAUAACAUCUGGGCAGAAUGCUGGGCUGUGAUCAUGGCUGAAACUGUCCCUUAUCAGAUAAUUCAAGAAAUUUCAGAGGCCAGGGGUGAAAAACCUGUUUGUAGCAGAGACUGUUUGAGAUAAGUAGGAGCCGUGGAGAAAUGGUACGUUAAUGCCAUCCCAGAGGAGCUGCAGUAACAGCCUGAGCACAAGGAAUUGAAGAUUCAUGAUAUAUACUACUUAUCACAGAGCUGCAAAUGAGACCAUUUUCUCAUUAUAAGGGCAAUUCUAUGCCUUUCCUGUGCCACUGACAGGUCUUAACAAAAACUGAUCUAGCCAAGUGUGUUCUGUCUCUGUGCUCAUUCACACAGCUUCUUAUAAUCUCAGCAAGAAUCAGCAAGAACCUCCUGUCUACAGCAGCAGCUUGGAUGUAACUAUUUCUCUCCAAAGCAUUUUGAGCAUGUGUUCAGAUAGCACUAUCUCCUGUCUUCAGUGCCAUCUGAUCAGGGUGGCGAGAGCUCUGCAUGGCUCAGAAACUCCGUUUCAACAAUGAGGAGUAAAAGGUGUCCAUCUCAAUUCUUCAUUCUGCUUUGUUUUUUCUCCUUGUUCUGAUGUAGGAACUCCUGAUAAAGCUGUCCUUGUUUAAUGAAACCAAUGGGAUGACCACAGGGCUGCUGUCUUUUCUGUUUGUUGAGAUAAGAAAAUGAUGUUGAGACAAGAAUUGGACUACAGGUCCUCUAAAUUUAAGGAAUUAGUGGUAUCAUUGAGGAGUUUUGUGGGUUUUUUUUCCAGAUCACUUGUUCAGAAAUAGGAAUUUGCAAGGAAAACUUCCUUUAUAAAUACUUUCUUAACUAAGAUUCUUUGUUGUUUGUAAGAUAUCCUUAAGUUGCAUCAUUUUAAGUCAACCUGAAAGAGGAGGGGAAGUGAUAUAUUUAUUGUGCAGAAAUAGAUUAUUUUUAUAUGAUUAUGAUUUUAAAUUCUGCCAGUCUAUAGGUAAAACUUUCUUGUAUGUCUUCAUCGCUAAUUGUCACACUUAGUAAAAAUUUGCUGUUUUACCAGA